GAAAUGUCAAACGUAAUGUCAACAAGAUUGUUUACUUUUCAACGCGCACGUUUGCCCGGUUCUUCAGAGGGAACAUUUGCUGGUAAACAAAUCUAGUGAAAAUGCCGCCGAAAUCCGCAAGCAAGAAAGAAAAGCCACUGUGGUGGAAUUGUGAAAAGUGCCAAACAUAUUUACAAACCAGCGAACUAGGCAAACACCAAACGGAAGACUGUGCAAACGUAGACAGAUUGAACGGGUACGCUGAUGCGAACGGAACAUACCAUACCCUGCGGAUUGAGAUAAACGAGUUGGGCCCAUACGAAGAAGUUAAACUAUGUACCGAAAGCGAAAGGUACGGACUUGUUCUAUUACCCGACAGUGUGGUAAGGAAGAUUGGUCUAAUGAUGGGAGACUAUGUGACGAUAAAGUUAUCUAAAAAAGUUAAUACUACCCCGGUGGGAACAAUCGUUCGAACAUUGUGGCCUGUUGAGGAUCGCCAUGGAGCAAAGGUGUGUCUGGGAGCACUAGACGAAUUUGAUGGCGUAUCAGCAGGCGAACUAGUUGCUAGUGUAACCCCUAUCAACACCCGCCUUGAGGAUGCCGAUGAAAUAUUUCUACGAUUGGAAGAUCCUUCACAAGCGAAACUAUUAGAAAAGAAUGGAAAGUUUCUGCUAACCAGCCUCAAGCAACAAUUGGUAGGAUGUGUUCUUCCAAGCAAUAAUCCACUUUCGUUGACGGUUUGCAACAAACGAUUUCGAUUCCGUAUUGAUCAUGCUGUUACGCACGGAAACGAUCUAGCAGAUCAACUCAACAAAAUGAGUUUAUGCGAUCGUAUGUUUGUCAUUAUAAACAGUACAAAAUUUACGCUUCUGGAUGACACUAAAGCAGCUCAGCAUGGCCAUCAGCAACGAAUGUACAGCUUACUCAACGUCGGCGGUGUAGACGCAACGAUAGCUGAACUGAAAGAACUUCUAAAUGUGGCGUACGGCAUCGAUAAUGAGCCUGCGAGCAGCAAUCCUGAAAAUAAUGGCACCGUUAGUCGUGGAAUACUGCUUUCCGGUGUUUCGGGUGUGGGGAAAACGAUGUUAGUGAACGCACUGGCCACACACUAUCAGUGUCACGUGGUGAGACUGAACUGCUCGGAGGUAUUCAGCAAAUUCUACGGAGAAUCGGAAGCGAAUGUAUCACGCCAGUUUGCGGAAGUGUUCGAAGUUCAUCCAAAAUGCGCGAUGGUUAUUGUAGAAGAGUUGCACAAUUUAUGCCCGAAGAGUACGGCCACAGAUAUUGUGAAGCGCAUUUCGCAACACUUUCUUAAUCUGCUCGACAGCCUGCACGGUGACGUACGUGGCAAUCGUACGGUCGUGAUAGGUACGACGGAUAACGUGGACAAUGUUAAUCCUUUGUUGCGUCGUGGUGGCCGAAUGGAUUACGAGUUCGAGCUACCAGUUCCGGAUGCAAUCGCUCGGGAAGCUAUUUUGCAGCGAAUACUGAAUCGGUACGGUCAAACAUUGCCUGUUGAGGAUGUACGGGCAGUUGCACGUAUUACGCACGGUUACGUUGGUGCUGAUCUGGAGAAUUUAGUUUCGAAAUCGGCAUCCUCCUCCAAGACGAUCGAUGGUGACUCACUAAUGGCAGCCCUGCAGCACGUAAAGGCAAGCGCAAUGCGAGAAAUUAUGAUCGAAUGCCCGAAUGUUCGCUGGACUGAUAUCGGUGGCCAGGACGAACUGAAGCUGACACUGCGACAAAUCAUCGACUGGCCGAUCCACCAUCCGGAAGUGUUCGAGCGGCUUGGCAUCAAGCCACCGCGCGGUUUACUAAUGUUCGGUCCGCCCGGCUGCUCCAAAACGAUGAUCGCGAAAGCAAUCGCCACCGAAAGCCGGCUAAACUUCCUCUCAAUAAAGGGUUCGGAACUGUUCUCCAUGUGGGUCGGUGAAUCGGAACGUGCGGUAAGGGAUUUGUUUCGGCGAGCGCGACAAGUGGCACCGUCGAUCAUAUUUUUUGACGAAAUCGAUGCCAUCGGAGGCGAACGAUCGGCCGAAUCGGGCAGUUCGGUGAAGGAGCGCGUACUGGCACAACUGCUAACCGAAAUGGAUGGCGUCAGUGUGCUGAAAGAUGUCCGCAUCGUGGCCGCUACCAAUCGACCGGAUCUAAUUGAUCGUGCACUAAUGCGUCCGGGCCGUUUGGAUCGAAUCGUGUACGUUCGGUUGCCGGACAAUGCGGCCAGGGAGGAAAUAUUCCGCAUAAAGCUUAAAAGCAUUCCCACUGCGGCGAAUGUGGAUAUUGCGGAGCUGGUACGCCGAACGGCCGGUUGUUCCGGUUCGGAAAUCGAAGCCAUCUGCCAGGAGGCUGCACUGAAGGGUUUGGAAAGUUCGUUCGAUGUGCAACAAAUCGAAUGGGUGCACUUUGAGCACGCGCUCGCACUGGUACGACCACGCACAAGCCCGGACCUGUUGCGCUUGUACGAUGAAUAUUUAAAGCAACAUCAAUAAUAAAU